GAACCCGGAAGUUAAAGGCUCCUGUGAGCGGUUCUCGUUGCUCGGUUUACACAGAUAUCAUAUACACCGAGGGCGCUGUGUGUCCCGCGGGAGAGCCCGGCCUGAGCGCAGUGAGUGCUAUCCCGGUAAGGUCUUUCUGAGGAGGAGCUCGGCUCUCACGGUCAGGCUUGGCAUGGCGGAAAAGUUCGACAGCUUGGAGGAACACCUAGAGAAGUUUGUGGAGAACAUCCGCCAGCUGGGCAUUAUAGUCAGCGACUUCCAGCCGAGCAGCCAGGCCGGCCUCAACCAGAAGCUGAAUUUCAUGAUCACUGGCUUGCAAGAUAUUGAUAAAUGUCGACAGCAACUCCACGAUAUCACUGUGCCCUUAGAAGUAUUUGAUUACAUAGAUCAAGGUCGGAAUCCUCAACUCUAUACUAAAGAAUGUUUGGAGAGGGCUUUGGCGAAAAAUGAACAAGUUAAAGGAAAAAUUGAUACCAUGAAGAAAUUCAAAAGCCUGUUGAUUCAAGAACUGAGUAAGGUCUUUCCAGAAGAUAUGGCCAAGUACCGGGCAAUACGAGGGGAAGAUUAUCCUCCAUCCUAAUGGUGAUGCUUCAAACCUUAAUUCGAAGGACUAUAAAAUAUUUAUUUCUUUACCAGCAAUGACUUUAGAGAAAAGCUGUGAAAAAAUGAUGAUAAUAUCUACUACACUGCAGUAUCUGGAAAUUGGUCUGAAAGUUAAAGGAUGGUCUCCUGCUAUGGAAGAGAUUUUUCAGAGUUCUUAUUGACUGCACUGUAUGUGAACAAAUGCAUACUGCUUUCUGAAAUAGCCAUUUUAUUAUGUGUGACAAGAAGCUAGGCACACGCCAACAAUUUCAUAAAAUGUUUAUACUCUGAUGUGCCUGAAUGUAACGUACUAGUGCAGGUAUAAAUUUAAAAACUCUAGGGAAUGAAAACAAUUGUGGGUAUAUGUGUAUAUACGUACUAGCCCUAUGUUAGUUGCCCAUUCAGUGGGUCACUAUUUACACUGCAUAAAUGCCUUUUGCUGUUGCUCUAAAACAGUGGUUUCUACAUCCGUCCUCAGGAGAUUUGGUCCAGUUUAUGUCCGUAUCCCCAUUGGAAUAUAAGCUGAAAUUUCUACAUUAUUGUCUCUCUGUGUGCCUUGAAGGAUGGAUUGGGGAACCACUGCACUAGAACAACUACUGUUUACUUUAGACUGAUUAUGUUGUGGUUUGCCAUGCUAAUUCUAUAUGUUCAAUUUAUAUCGGCACAGGUGAGUUAUUUCUAAGGAUUUCUAAAUAGGCUAUUACAAUUAAUGCAAGCAUGAUUUUGAGUUGCUGUUAAAAUAACCAUGACUGCAGAAUUCUUAUGUCCAUGGUUAAUCUGAUUUUUGAUGUUACUUGUUUGUUCAUUUGUUUUUUGUGUCUGUUAGUAAAGAACCAUUGCGUAGC